AAUGUCCCCAUUCUCCCUCGCUUUAAGCUAAGCCCCCCCACAAGAAUUGGAUAAGCUCGAUUGACGAUUGCCAUGGUUGAUCUGAUCCACGAGACGGACGACGCGAUGGCCGAGGCGGAGCUGCUGCUGGAGCGCAGCCGGGCGAUCACCCUGAACGGCCGAGACAAGCGAGGCCGCGCCCUCGUCAGGAUCGUCGGCAAGUACUUCCCCGCGCGCGCGCUGGGCGGGCGGGCGGAGGCGGCGUUGAGGGGGUACGUGCGGAGGCGCGUGCUCCCGGAGAUCGGGGAGCGGGAGUUCGUGGUCGUGUACGUCCACUCCCUCGUCGACCGCGGCGACAACUUCCCCGGCGUCGCAGCGAUCCGCGCGGCGUACGAGGCGCUGCCUGCCGCGGCCAAGGAGCGGCUGCGCGCGGUGUACUUCGUGCACCCGGGAUUCCAGGCCCGCCUCUUCUUCGCCACCUUGGGGCGAUUCCUCUUCAGCUCCGGGCUGUACGAGAAGCUGAGGUACAUGAGCAGGCUCGAGUACCUGUGGGAGCACGUGAGCAAGGGGGAGAUGGAGGUCCCGGAAUGCGCGCGCCGGCAUGACGAGGAGCUCGAGCGCCGCCCGCUCAUGGACUACGGCAUCGAGGCUACUGACCGCCGGUGCAUGUUCGACGCCGCGUCCAUGGACACCUCGGCGUCCCUGCACUCGCUCCGGUGCAUCUCGUAAUCGUGGUGGCCGCUCGACUGUAGCAUCCGUAGCUGGCCUCGCCCCGGUCCUAUAUUCGUAGCUAGCGAAGGCACUGCCGCACUGUCGUAGUUUGCAGGCCCUGUUGUUCUUCGUUCCAUCUGUACAAAAUAGUAGUAUUUGUGGAAGUAAAAGAGAUAAUAAAGAGAAACAGUUUGAAAUGCUUC